GCAGUCCGGGCAGCGGGGCACACCUUUCCAGCUGGGAAGGAGGUCACUGGCCUUGCACCCGCUGAGAGGGGGAAGGGGCGGUGGGCAAGGAAGUCAGGCAGCGCCUUGGCACCGGGGGCAGGGAGCUGGGAUUUUACCCCCAGUUCGUUGGGAGGCCAUUGGAGGGCUUGGAGCAGAGGAGCCACCAGAGCUGGUUUCCAUGGUGGAGAGACCUCUCUGGCUGCAGCGUGGGAAACGAGGCGAAGGACAUCAGAACGGCAGCCAGAAGGCAGGGAGCAGGCUACUGCGGGGUCCCAGCAGGCACUGCGAGGCCAGCACGCAGAACCCAGAACCUGCAGGUGGGGCCGCCUCAUCUCACUGCUCAGCUCCCACAGGACAGGCCGCAGCCUCCCCUGCCCCCUUCCCAUUGCCCCUUCCAUCUACAAUCCGCCUCUGAUCUGGCCCUUACUCACCUCCUUCCUGUUCCAGUUCCCACAUCCCCCAGGCUGAGCCCUUCCUCCGCCCUGUACCUCCCACCCCCCAACACCUCCUUUUCCCGGGAAAUGCCAGCACCCACACCCGCAUUGCCUGGUCUGUUCACUCCCUGCUUGUAGCCCGUCCUGUCUCAACACCUUCCUGUAUGUUUCCUGAGUCUUCUGGUACAUUCCUCCCACCUUUACUCCGGCUCAGCCCCACGUGCACCUUCCAUCCUGUACAGAGUCCCCCCCAGGGCCCACCGACGCCUGCAUCUCCUCCAUAAACACGCCCCUCGCCCACUUUCUGGGUCACCCCGUUCCUCCCCCAUUGGCACUCUGCGUCUAGAAACACCUCCUUGACAAAGCCCUUGGCUCAUCCCCCUCACCCCCCACCCCCCACCCCCAAUUCCCUCUUGUGUUGAUUCAGCCCUUCCCCCAACUUUCCCCUCUCAAGCUCCACCCUUUCCCGUCCACAGCCACCACCCUCUCCUCCCCGGGGACACCGCCUCCCACCAAUGUCCCCCUGAGCCUCCAGGGAGGGGGCUCAGGGAGCCCCAUGGCCUCCCGCCCCCCGCGGCCCCGCAGCCCCCGGGGGCCAUGGGAAGCCCCUGAAAGGCCCGGCGGCGCCGAGGAUGGGCAACGGCACCUGGGAGGGCUGCCACGUGGACUCGCGCAUGGACCACCUCUUCCCGCCCUCGCUCUACAUCUUCGUCAUCGGCGUGGGGCUGCCCACCAACUGCCUGGCGCUGUGGGCCGCCUACCGCCAGGUGCGCCAGCGCAACGAGCUGGGCGUGUACCUGAUGAACCUGAGCAUCGCCGACCUGCUGUACAUCUGCACGCUGCCGCUCUGGGUCGACUACUUCCUGCACCACGACAACUGGAUCCACGGGCCCGGCUCGUGCAAGCUCUUCGGCUUCGUCUUCUACACCAACAUCUACAUCAGCAUCGCCUUCCUGUGCUGCAUCUCGGUGGACCGCUACCUGGCCGUGGCCCACCCGCUGCGCUUCGCCCGCCUGCGCCGCGUCAAGACGGCCGUGGCCGUGAGCUCGGUGGUCUGGGCCACGGAGCUGGGCGCCAACUCGGCGCCCCUGUUCCAUGACGAGCUCUUCCGCGACCGCUACAACCACACCUUCUGCUUCGAGAAGUUCCCCAUGGAGAGCUGGGUGGCCUGGAUGAACCUCUACCGGGUCUUCGUGGGCUUCCUGUUCCCCUGGGCCCUCAUGCUGCUGUCCUACCGCGGCAUCCUGCGCGCCGUGCGGGGCAGCGUGUCCACCGAGCGCCAGGAGAAGACCAAGAUCAAGCGGCUGGCCCUCAGCCUCAUCGCCAUCGUGCUGGUUUGCUUCGCCCCCUACCACGUGCUCCUGCUGUCCCGCAGCGCCGUGCACCUGGGCCGGCCCUGGGACUGCGGCUUCGAGGAGCGCGUGUUCCCCGCCUACCACAGCUCGCUGGCCUUCACCAGCCUCAACUGCGUGGCCGACCCCAUCCUCUACUGCCUGGUCAACGAGGGCACCCGCAGCGACGUCGCCAGGGCCCUGCACGACCUGCUGCACUUCCUGGCUAGCGACAAGCCCCAGGAGAUGGCCAGCGCCUCCCUCACCCUGGAGACCCCGCUCACUUCCAAGAGGAGCAACGUGGCCAGGGUCACGGCCGCCGCCGGCUGGGCGGCAGCUCCGCCCUCCCAGGAGGACCAGGUGCAGCUGAAGAUGCUGCCUCCGGUGGCGCAAUGAACCUCAGAUCGCACUGAGACGCACCCCCUCCCCCCCUAAAUUCAUCCCACACCCUGGCUCCUCUGCUCUGGUGUAUGCCGAUUGUAUGUAAAUAAGGCCAUGUGACUAAUCAUGUGAAUAUAAGAAAAGAGGAAAACAGCAAGGUUGGGGUGUCGCUGGUCAGUUGUCAUCCCCCGUCACGGCCCCUUAAUAGUCCAGCUGAACGGUGCCUGGCCUUGCCCGGGGCAGUGUUAGUGACAUAGGGGUGAUGAGUGGCAGACCUGGCCCGGCCCUCACGGCCCCGCUCCGAUGGGGGAGACAGAUCUGCCCCUGGGCAGUGAUGAUCCAGGGGGGCAGGGCUCAGGCAGGAGAGGCCAGGGUCUGGGGGAACCCCAAAGGGCAUCUGACCCAGUCUGGGGGACAGGGAGGGCGUCCUGGAGUAGGAGACCAGUACGUGAAGUUUCCAGAGGUGAAGAAAACACACACACACACACACACACACACACACACACACACACCACAUGAGGCUUAUUUCCAAUGAGGGGGUGACUCAAGGGGAAGGCGGAAGGAGAAACCCACUGAGUGUGGAGUGAUCACUUUUGCUGUAGGGAAGCCCCCGUCAUGUAGGGGAGAGGGAGCAGGACAGAGCACUUCUGAGUUUUCAGAUUAACAUUCUCCAAGUCAGGACUGAGGAAGAAGAGGGAGAAUGUCCAAACCCAAGUGGAGGGCAAUCAAGGAAGACUGGCUGGAGGAGCUGUUCGGUCAACAGGUUUAUUUGUACUUCCCAUCGGCCCUGUGCGGGCUGGGGCUGGGGACGCAGUGGUGACCAAGACAGCCCCGGAGCCACCAUCGAGGGGCGCCCAGGAAGGGAGUAAAGCAAAAUAAAUACAAAGUUUGGAACUGAUAAGUAUAUUGGGUAAAAAUAAAGCCACACAAGGGGACAGAGGGACAUGGAGUCUGAGCUAGAUGAGGUCAGGGGAGGGCUCACUGAGAAGGUGGCAUUUGAGCA